AUGGUAACUUUGAAUGUCGAAGGGAAACCUAUAGAUUUCCUGAUUGACACAGGAGCUACCUAUUCGGUCUUGAAGCAGCCACAAGGGCAGGUGCAGAAGGCAACCACAAAAAUAAUUGGGGCAACAGGCAAAGCAGAAGCAUAUCCUUGGGCCACCGCACGGGUAACUAACCUAGGAAAGGGAACAAUAACACACUCUUUCCUAGUAAUUCCAGACUGCCCCUAUCCGUUACUGGGAAGAGACCUCUUACAGAAGCUUCGAGCCACUAUUACUUUCAGACAAGCCGAUGUCUCUUCUUCAGAAGAUCGAGAGGCCGGAGUCAACUUUGAGAUAACAGUACCGUUGUCUCAAGAAUAUCUAGUGGCUACCCUCCAGGAAGUGGCGGCGCACCAACCCCCUGUCGUGGUGCAGUUAAUGAGUACGGCCAGCCCAGUGAGGAUACGGCAAUACCCGGUCCCAGCACGGGCAAAGCAAGGGAUCGUGCAGCACUUGCAGCGUUUGCUCAAGGCUGGGAUACUCCGCCAGUGCCAGUCGGCUUGGAAUACUCCCCUGCUACCAGUCCAAAAGCCAGGGACACUGGACUAUUGCCCUGUGCAGGACCUGCGGGAGGUGAACGCGAGGGUAGAAACGAUUCACCCUACUGUGCCAAACCCGUACACCCUGUUGAGCUCCUUGCCGCCAACACACACCUAUUAUUCUGUCCUCGACUUAAAGGACGCUUUCUUCUGCAUCCCCUUGGCCCCACAAAGCCAAGAUAUUUUUGCCUUCGAGUGGAAUGACCCUGAAAACGGACUAGUAGGUCAGUUCACAUGGACUCGUCUACCACAGGGGUUAAAAAAUUCCCCCACCAUUUUUAAUGAGGCCCUCAGUAGGGACUUGCAAGCUUUUCGGUCCACACACCCGUCGGUUGUAACCUUGCAGUAUGUAGAUGAUAUUCUCAUAGCUGCCAAGGACAAAGAAGAAUGCGAAAAAGCCACUGCUGACUUGCUGCGAGACCUGGAGCGGAUGGGAUACCGAGUCUCCGCCAAGAAGGCCCAGAUAGUAGCACAAACUGUAAGUUACUUGGGGUAUGACUUACAGGGGGGGCAGAGGACCCUAUCCAGCCGACGGAUCCAGACGGUCCUACAAAUCCCAGAACCGACUACCAAGCGACAGGUACGUGAGUUCCUGGGAGCAGUAGGAUAUUGUCGGCUCUGGAUUUUAGGGUUUGCAGAACUAGCCCGACCCCUGCAUGAGAUAACCCGGGGAAGAGAAGAAUCAUUUGUGUGGACUGAUAAAGAAAGACAAGCAUUCCAGAGCCUAAAGGAGGCAUUAGUGUCUGCCCCGGCUCUGGCCUUGCCUGACCCUGCCAAACCCUUUCAGCUGUUUGUAGCUGAGAAAGGAGGAAUUGCUCUAGGAGUGCUUAGCCAAGAACUUGGGCCGUGGAAGAGACCGGUAGCCUACUUAUCAAAGAAGCUCGACCGGGUAGCAUCAGGGUGGCCCACCUGCCUGAGGGCACUAGCCGCCACAUCUGUCUUGGUCAAAGAAGCAGGCAAACUAACGUUGGGGCAAGACAUCCGAGUGAUUGGGGAACAUUACAUAGAACAGGUCCUAAAAACACCCCCCGAUCGUUGGUUGUCCAAUGCUCGGUUGACACACUACCAAGCUCAAUUACUCAAUCCGCCGUCGGUUCAGUUCUUGAAAACUACGGCGCUCAACCCAGCUACCCUCUUGCCUGAGCCAGACUCCACAAUAACUCAUAACUGCAAGCAGGUACUCGAUACAGUGACAGGUUCCCGCCCAGACCUGAAGGAUCAGCCAUACAGCAAGGUCGACCUGACCUUGUUCACAGAUGGCAGCAGUUUUAUAGAGAGAGGACUGAAACGUGCGGGAGCGGCAGUGACCACUGUAGACGAAGUAUUAUGGCAGAGGGCUCUGCCUGCAGGAACAUCGGCCCAGCGGGCCGAACUGAUUGGACUCGCCCAGGCACUGCGGAUAGCGGAAGGGAAAACUGCAAACAUUUACACUGACAGCCGGUAUGCUUUUGCCACCGCCCACGUACACGGAGCAAUAUACAAAGAGCGGGGCCUCCUAACUGCAGGAGGCAAGGACAUUAAGAACAAGGAUGAAAUCCUCGCUCUACUGGAAGCCAUAUGGUUGCCAGCUAAGGUUGCUAUUAUCCACUGCAAGGGACACCAAAAGGGAGACUCCCCAGCAGAAAGAGGAAAUCGUUUGGCCGACUCGGCCGCCAAGCAGGCAGCAUUGGGCCCCCUAGAAACUGGAGAGAAAUUGAGAGGAAUCCAAAAUCAGCGGGGAUGGAUAGAGCUGCCGGACUCGAGACUUUACCUACCCCGGGGAGUCCUAAGACAAAUCGUUGAAGAAGUUCAUAGAAGUACCCACCUAGGGCAAAAUAAGUUAGAACAACUAGUCAAGAAAUAUUAUCUUGGGCCUAAUCUCAGAGACACUAUCCAGUCAGUCACAACUAGGUGCCAGACCUGUGCAAAGGUAAACGCAUCAAAUAAGAAAUUACCAUCAUUUGUGAGAUACCGAGGGAAGGCACCAGGAGAGUUGUGGGAAAUAGAUUUCACAGAAAUGACUCCAGGUAAGUCAGGAUACAAGUACUUAUUAGUGUUAGUGGACACGUUUUUGGGGUGGGUGGAAGCGUUCCCCACCCGAGGAGAAACGGCUUCUAUAGUUUGUAAGAUACUCUUAAGAGAAAUUAUACCCAGGUACGGUAUCCCUUUAGCAAUAGGUUCAGACAACGGGCCGGCCUUUGUAUCCAAGGUGUCACAAGAGUUAGCAGCUAAGCUGAAAAUAAACUGGAAACUCCAUUGCAUCUAUAGGCCCCAGAGUUCAGGGCAAGUAGAAAGAAUGAAUAGAACAUUAAAAGAAACCAUAACUAAAUUAAGAGAGGAGACCGGCGAAAACUGGACUGAGCUCCUUCCUUUCGCCCUCUUUAGAAUCAGAUGUACCCCAUAUUUUGAAAAAUGGACCCCUUAUGAACUCAUGUUUGGACAACCUGUUCCUUUGGUACCACAUGUAACAAGAGAAGAGAUAAGCAUGACUAACCAUAACUUCCUCAAGUCUUUGCAGGCACUACAAGAGAUCCGGAGUGAGGUCAGACGCCCCCAGAACUGUACACCACCUGAACCUGGACAAUGGGUAUGGGUUCGAAACCACCGACAGGGGAAUCUUGAGCCACGGUGGACAGGACCGUACCAGGUAUUGCUGAGCACGCCAUCUGCAGUCAAGGUAGCGGAAAAGCCCUAUUGGAUACAUCUCUCUCACACCAAGCCAGCAGACGAUCCCGAGGGAGGAGCUCAAACAUGGACAGUAAAAAAGGACCCAGACUGUCCCUUAAAGCUUACCUUCUCUCGUGCCUGACCCUUGCUGCUGG